AUGAUUGAUAUGUAUAAAGAAGGUACACAAUUUUCAGUGAGUGAAUACGAGUGGCAUUAUUUGAACUUAGAAUUGUAA